CAAGAGCCAACCAAACACGCGUGAUUCUCGUGCGAAUUUUUUAUUAUUCUAUUUUUCAAUUUCCAUCUCUCCAACUCCCUCAAUCAUACACCUUUUGGAUUGGAUAAGAACGCAGACACAGAACGUUAGCAAUUACUUUUAACACUUUUCGUUCUUUUGUUCAGUUUUUUUUUUUCCCCGACUGGAAAAGUAGCAGUAAUACCAAGAACCAUGACCACUGACAAGAAGGAAACAAAGAAUACAAGAAAAUCAAAGCAACCCAUCAACGAGAAGUCACCCCUGUUGCCAGAGAAGCAUGCAAGCGAGGAGUUCAAGGGGGCACCAUUUGCUGGCGCAGUGUUCAAUCUUUCUACUUCUAUUAUUGGGGCUGGAAUUAUGGCACUGCCCACCACCAUGAAGGUGCUGGGUCUUGGGCUGGGGCUCGGUAUGAUAGUUUUUGUUGCUGUACUGACAGAGGCCUCGUUGGAGAUGCUGCUGAGGUUCAGUAGGGUGGGGAAGUCAGAGUCUUAUGGGGAGGUGAUGGGGGAUGCUUUCGGAGUUGUUGGGAGGAGGCUGCUUCAGAUUUGUAUCUUGCUUAACAAUGUUGGCACGCUGAUUGUUUACAUGAUCAUCAUUGCUGAUGUGCUUUCUGGGACAUCUUCAAGUGGAGUUCACCAUGCUGGUGUAUUGGAAGGAUGGUUUGGUGAGCAGUGGUGGAACAGUCGUACCUUCGUUCUUCUUGUUACAACCAUUGUUGUAUUUGCUCCAUUGGCAUGCUUUAAGCGCAUAGAUUCAUUGAGACACACCUCUGCUUUAGCAGUUGCACUGGCAAUUGUUUUUCUAAUUAUAACUGCAGGAAUCACAAUUCUCAAAUUGUUUAACGGAAGCGUUGCCAUGCCCAGGUUGCUGCCUAAAGUUACUGAUAUUACAUCCAUCUGGAGUCUAUUCACGGCUGUCCCCGUUCUUGUGACAGCAUUCAUCUGCCACUUUAAUGUGCAUACGAUAGACAAUGAACUUGAAGACUCUUCCCUAAUACAACCAGUUGUGAAGACAUCAUUGGCUCUGUGUUCUAUUAUCUACAUACUGACGAGCUUUUUUGGUUUCCUCCUUUUUGGUGACUCGACUCUUGAUGAUAUAUUGGCCAACUUUGACACCAACCUUGGCAUCCCAUACAGCUUUCUGCUUAAUGAUGUUGUUCGCAUCAGCUAUGCCCUCCACCUCAUGCUUGUUUUCCCGAUUCUCUUCUAUCCAUUGCGCAUCAAUUUAGACGGCCUCUUCUUUCCUGCUGCCAGGCCUUUGGUUGCAAAUAACAUAAGGUUUGGGUUGAUCAGCAUUGGGCUCCUUUUGCUUGUCUUCUUGGGUGCAAAUUUUAUACCCAACAUUUGGUAUGCUUUCCAGUUCACUGGAGCAACUGCUACAGUUUGCAUUGGAUUUAUCUUUCCUGCAGCCAUUGCUCUCAGGGAUCCUCAUGCAAUAGCGACAAAGAAAGACAAGAUCUUAUCUGUUUUCAUGGUUAAUCUGGCCGUGUUUUCGAAUUUGGUGGCCAUAUAUAGUGAUGCCUACACAAUAUUCAAAAAGAAUGUGAACACAAACGCAUGAUUUCUCUUGGUUUCUCAUAGUGACAUGGAGGACGAACAGGGGUUUUUCCCAUCAUUUUUAGAAGAACCACACUGCUAGGCCUCACAUCGAAUGAAUUGAACAAGUGGAAGAACAACAUUCUACAAAUCGAUCCAAUUGACCAGUUUUGUGUUCUUGGUGUAGUGGUGUCCCUAAAUACUCAUGUCACUGUCACUUGCAUUUGUAUUCCUUAACUUAUCUCAUACUUGUUACAAUAUAUAACUUGGGAAAUGUGUAAUUUUGCUCCGAGAAAGUCACGUUAUCCUCU